CUGUUUGCGCGGAGCCUUGCCGCCGGUGGACUUGCGAGCUGUCUGCUUGGUACGCGCCAUUACUUAACUGCAAAACAAGAAACUAGCGAUUGCAGCUUGUCCUUGUAUUUAUACAGGGACAGAAUCGCUCUGAUUGGGUUAUGCGCAAUUCGUGUUAGUCACCGGUUGCCAGAUUCCGGAAGUUCUCCGAGACAUUUAGGAUUGGUCUAUCCGUUCAAUCUAAAGUUUGUGAUUGGUUUAUGUUGAUUAACUUACAUCGCCCAGCCACUUAAAAAUGUUUUUUCCCUAAGGUAUUUGUUUUGAUAAUGAAUGCGUCAUAUAAAGUGUUACCACAAACACAUCAGUUCUUCAGUAUGGAAUUUUUCUCCUGAUUGGAAAUACAAAAUAGAGUAGAAUGCUUGAGACUGUGCCUUAGAAUCUCUUUUAAAAGGCAGCGGCCAUUUUCUGCAGCUAUUAGGUUUUCUUUAAGAUCCUAUUUCCCGUCUUUAUUCCGUUUUAAAAAUUCCAUUGUCUAGGCAUUUCACAAGUCCUAUAAUUACAUUUACGGUCUCUAGCUUACUGUAGCACGAUCUUUAGAGUAUACUGUUUAGAUAUAAAGAAUUUUGUAUUCAGCUUUAAAGCAGCCAAUCCAAUCUGGAAGCCCGGGCUCUGUUAUACCGGAGACUUGACUCAAGCUGGUAAAUUGACUCCGCUGUUUGGCUUUGAUGCAUUUAAAAUGUUAGCCCGGGUCUAAUGGCAAGAGGAGACAAGGAAAUGUUUCCAAUACGGAACCCUGAAAAACAUGGCCGCGAUCGAAUCUUAGAACAUUUCCUUGCAAUACUACAGCCGCACAUCAUCUCCGAGUUCUUGCCGGAGCGGCCCAAGGUCAAUCAAUUUACAACAAAUCCAGCAGAGCUGCGGACCGGACUGGACCUGGCUAGAUAGCAGGCUUUCAUUCCUUGGCUUUCGUGUUCAAAUGCAGAAGUUUCCACUUUAAAGCCAGGAAGAAAAAUGUUUUAUCGAAAGGCUUUUUCAUUUUUUUGCUUUAUAGUGAGUCGAUUUCUAUUAAUGUAACAAUAUUGUAAAUAAACCUAUUGGAUCCCAGGAAAAUAUUUUGUACAUCCAAUAAAAACAAGCAGUUUUGGAAUCCCUAUUUUACAUACUGUCAAUCUAUUGGCCAGUUUUGGUCCAAUCAGAGUUUAUAUUUGGGAGUCUUUGUUUGUAUAUACGUGCUAUAAAUGCUAAGGAUUCUUUUGUCGUUUUCUUGUUUUUUUUUUCUUUUCUUGUUUAUCAUGCCUGAGCCGCCUAAGUCCGCUCCGGCUCCAAAAAAGGGUUCCAAAAAGGCAGUGAAUAAGGCUCAGAAAAAAGAUGGGAAAAAACGCAAACGCGGCCGGAAAGAGAGCUAUUCUAUUUAUGUGUAUAAGGUGCUCAAGCAGGUCCACCCAGACACCGGCAUCUCGUCUAAGGCUAUGGGCAUCAUGAACUCGUUCGUCAACGACAUCUUCGAGCGCAUCGCGGGCGAGGCGUCGCGCCUGGCGCAUUACAACAAGCGCUCUACCAUCACCUCCAGGGAGAUCCAGACGGCCGUGCGCCUGCUGCUGCCCGGGGAGCUGGCCAAGCAUGCCGUGUCCGAGGGUACCAAGGCCGUCACCAAGUACACCAGCUCCAAGAAUUUAAAUCUGAGAUCAGCUAGAAGAACCUUGAAAAACAAGGGAAAUUUCUCCUCCCCAAGUAUGUGUUUUGGCUUACAGGUUUGCUAUUAGGUAAGCCAGAAAGGCAUGACCAAUGUAUGUAUGUGCCAAUUCAGAAUUGUGUGUAAGUGUGAAGGGUACAGAAUUGUGAAAGAAUGUUCACAGCAUAGGCUUAUUUUUUUUUUUUUUAUCUAAGUCCUUCAUUAGGAAAUAACUGUGAUUUCAGUUCAUAUUCUAUUUUAGGUGGAAUAUGGAUUGUUGAAGAUGCUGAGUGUUGGCUAAUUUAUUGAUUGCCUAUUGCUGCAAAACAGAUUACCUCUGAUUUACAAGCUUCCAACUCUACAUAUAUGUUAUCCUGCAGUUUCUGUGGGUCUAGGCAUGGUUUAGCAAGACCCUCUCCUCUGUAAGGAUGCUAUCAAGAUAUAAGCCAGGAUCAAGGUCUCUUGGAUGCUUGACUGGGGAAAUAUAAGCUUCUAAACUCACUUAGUGGUUGGCUGGAUUUUGUUUCUUUUGAUUGUAGAACCAAGGGUCCAAUUUUCUCUCUGGCUUUUGGUUUGAAGCCCUGAAAGGCUGUUGGUUGGAGGCCUCCCUUACUUCCUAAAGAAUCUUCUAAAUUUGUCAUUUGUGCCUACCAAUAUGGAUACUUGGUCCAUCAAAGCCAGCCUGCAACAGUCAAGAAUAACAGAUGCUAACAAUCUUAGAUAACAAUCAUAUACAGAAACUAAUUUAUUUUACAUACUGUUGAGAUAGGGACCGUUGAUGUAGUCAGAGUAGGGUGAGGGCCUCCGGAGGAGGCAGGGAGGAAUAUUUGCAGUCAGA